AUGCAGCUCAAAGUCUUCCUCACUCUCUUCGCGGCCGCGGCCUCGGCUGCUCUCCUCGACGAUGUCCCGGAAGCCCCGCGCAAGUUAACACUGAUGGCGCUGCGUUCCGGCGCUGUAUUCCACCCGGGCAUCAUCAGCGCCUCGCAGAACAAGCUGUGGCUCUCGCUUCCCGCCGACAAGCUUGACGCCGAGUGCCAGGACGGCCAGCAGCACACCGCGGCCACCGUUUACAUCCAGGAUGGCAAGCUCGUGUUGUAUGGUACUGGGAAGGCAGACGAGGGGAAGGAGGUGCCCGUGCAGCAGUUUGUGGUUGAUCGCUCGGGGAACGGCCAAGGCGAACUAAAUUACUACACCCAACCCGCCGACGCUCCUCCUCCCACCGGUGACCUUGAGGUGGUCGGUUGGGAAAUCGACACGAGCGAGAACCUCACCUUCAAGGGUUAUAACCUGAUUGCGUGCCCUGCCGCCGACGGAUCGUGGGCUGUCUGGGUCAAUGUCGACGUGCAGAAUCCGGGUGGCAACGAGGGGUGCUUGGGCUUUGUCACCCGCGUCGAAGGGAACUACGUGCCCGUUGGAUGCGAGUAUAGCGGUCACCCGUAG